AUGAAUGAAGUAAAAUGCAUUUCGAGUCGUUUGAAAAACCUCGGAAUUGUUAAACAAGGUGAUUUUUUUGUAGAUAGAAGGGUAGGCAUCAUUUUGAGAAAUCUCCACAGCCCCUCAUCCAGCGAACAUGUGUUAAAAAAUAAAGAAAUAAAUCGAAAUAAGAAGCAGCAAAUAUGGAUGAAAAAGAUACACGUAAAGGAAUUGCCGCGAAAAAAGUUUGGAAAUAAAUUGGGAACAGUAGCAAAAAUGCUAUAUUUGAGGCGUGUCAGUGGGGAUGGAGCAGAAGAUCGUGUCCUUUACACGAACAAGCGUGCUGGGGAUUGUGGGCAAAGUGCUCAUUCGGAUGUGUUCGUACGUGUAGGAAACAAUCCUGCUGGUGAAUCAAGUGAUACACAAAUUAGUCAUAACGGUAAGAGCUAUACCAGCACGUGCCGCUCAAAUGGGCCUAGCCCAUGGCACACUGAGAAUGAACAGCAACAUAAACCGAACGGAAAAGAAAUCAUUCAACUUAGGAGUAACGAAAAUGAAGUCACUUCAACCCGAAGUAGCACAAAUGUGCGCAGAAUGGGCAACCUGAGUGAACAUCACCCUGAUAAACACCUAUGGGAUGACAUUUGCGAUGAACUGAAGUACCAUUUGCCGUUCCUUCAGCCGUAUAGUAUAACCACGGCUUUGAAUUAUCUAUCCAAAGUGAACUAUGAGGAAUACAACAUUUUCAAGCUAGUUGCAGAAAAUGUAGAUGAAAGAUGGAUCAAAAAUUUUAACAUAAAAGAUCUCUCCCAACUGCUCUUGUCUUAUUCAAGACUUCACACAAAAUAUGACUCAUUUGUAAAUUUAAUUAGCAGAGAAUUGUUAUAUAAAAUAUGCUUUGCAAAUAUGGAGGAGAUAGCUUUAAUAGCCUAUUCGUACACAAAAAUGAAAAUAUACGAUUAUGAGGUUUUUCUUCAUUUGUGUAAUGAGACAAAACGGAGGUUGAAGAAGGAGCUAACACAAAGUGUAGGCAACUGUGUUGAUGUUACCACAGAUGGUUCACAUAGCACUGUAGGGAUAGCUCAUAACGAAAGAGAUGGCCAACUGCAUAGAAACUGCGAUAAAGGGGGAAGGCUUCCCAGGGAAGAACAUUCCUCUUACCCCUUGGAGGAUACACAAAGAGGGGGGAUUUCCCAGAUGAGAGCAAUUCAGCAAGAAAUGAAUAAAACGGAAACAAACGAUGGUGAAGCAGACCCCAAUUGGGGACACCACAACAUAGGGGAAUCAUCCCUCCAAACGGAUAAUACUUACAGUAAGAAGAAUCUACAUAAGGGGUCAAAUUUUAAUGCCACCCUCACUCAGUUAAGUAGAGGAGAAACUGCACAAAAGGAUAGCGAAAGAGGACCAAGCAAGAAAUAUUCCCACAUUUGUCUGUUGACCUACUGCCUCGGGAAAAACAAACAUCGGGAUGAUGAACUCCUUGGCUUAAUUUCGAAAUAUAUAAAUGUAGAAAGGAUUAACAACAUAGAUGUAAGCAAUUUGUCUUACGCAUUUUCUCUGUUCGAUUUUUAUGAAGGCCGUUUUUUUGAGCAGUUCUGCGAUAAGAGUCGCCAAAUUGUGCAUUCUGCGGAGCCUUCUCAGAAGGUAGUUAUCAUGUCAUAUCUUUUAAAACACCCGAGGGAAGAAAUGCUAAGUGUGUAUGUGUUGUAUGUUAAAUAUAUGGGCGACGAAAUGGGACAGAAUGACAUAUAUAAAGAAUCGCUCCUCCUGAACAUGUGCAUAAACAGCUUUUCGAGUGACGUAUUUUUAAACUUCCUCCUUAAUGUAGUAACUUGCCCAGGAAAGGAUGGCAAUGAGCCGGAAAAAAUAAAUCAAGCCAGUUUCCUGUUAAACUUUUUGGUUGACUACGCAACUUUUUUUAUGAGAAAAAAGAAAAUGUGCUCACGUGAUUAUCCGAAGAUUUUGAACAUGCUCUUAAAAAUUUUUCCUAUUAUGGGGUUACCCUCCUGA